AACAAUCAUGAAGAGCGUUUGCAUUAUUAUUGUUGGGAUGGACUGUACUUAAUAGCCACCUAAAAAACUACUGAAUUACCACUGUGCUACUAGCCGUUCUGAAAAUGUUGGUCUGUCAUACAAAUAGAGGCACAGACUGCUGGUUCAGUAUGUUUCAUAACGCUCUAUAGUGAGAUUCACUUUAAACUAUCAUCAUACGUUGAAUGGGAAGCAUUCAUGUUAUUCACAAGGAAUGAUCUGACAGUAGCUUGAAUCAAAUCUCACUUUAGUGAAGAAUGUUGUUUAUCAGUCUAUCAGGCAGUUGAAGCGUACAAUAGCCUACAUUCAACAGUUAACACAGUUUUGCUAAUAGAUUUUGUGUUACUACGGCGAUUUCAAUGUAUAAGGGAUUAGUUGUGUUUGAAAAUUGCAUUAGGAUAACAAUUAUUAUUAUUCCAACGUAAUCCCUUAAAGUGAAUACUUUUCUUACAAUAAUAAUUAAUCAUCUUGGAAAUAAUUUUUUAUCGACAAUAAAUUGAUGCAGUUCGUCAAGAUUUGUUGAAAACCAUAAAAAUGUAUAUUUUCGUAACAGCGUUUUUGGGGGCUGUGAUACUACUGCUUUUCUACUUGAAAACAUCACAAAAACUGAACUACUUCCAAGAACGAAAUUUCCCCUAUGCAAAAACAAGUGUUCAUGAACUUCUUAGGAAGAUGGUUGAAUUUGUUUUGCGAUUGAAAAGUAUUGAUGCUGUGGUCCAAGAUAUCUAUGAUAGUGGCGCGGGUAUGAAAUAUUUCGGCCAAAUUGGACUACAUAAGAACGAGAUUGUGAUUCGUGAUCCCGACAUAAUUUACAAUAUAAUGAUAAAGGAUUUCUCGUAUUUUAUGGACAGACCGUUUCCGGUGGAUGAAAAAAACGAUCCCCUGAGCGCUCAUUUGUUCAGUUUGAAAGGCGACCGCUGGAGAGGUCUCAGAUACAAACUUGCUCCCACAUUUACAACGGGGAAAUUACGAAGUAUGUUCAAACAACUAACAGAAAGCUCAGAUUCCAUUACUAAUUACAUUUCCAGCAAACCUAAUACAUGUUUGGAAGUAAAACAGCUAUCGUAUUGUUACAUUUUAGAUGUGAUUGCUUCGGUUGCUUUUGGUAUGAAAGUGGAAGCCCACAAGUAUUUAGACGGAGAAAAAAGCGAGUUUGUUGAAAUGAGUUUGAGAUUUUUCCGAAUGAACAACAUGAGAUACUUCAAGUUUUUUAUGAUAACUUUUUUCAAAAGUUUUAGUAAGUUUAUUGGAUUGACAUUGACUGAGGAUGACGUGAAGGCGUUCUUUUUCGAUUUGGUCAAGAAUAUUAUCAAGUAUCGUGAGGAGACUGGAACCAAGUCUAAUGAUUUUCUCCAGCUGUUGAUAAACAUGAAAGAGCAGGAUGAGGAGAAUGGUGGGAGGGUGGAAGAAGCGAGAAAGGAGAUGAUGAAACAUGAAGAGGAGGAUAAAGAAUUAUUUGAAAAUUUGGAUACAAGCAAGAAAGGAGCUCAACAUUUCAAGAUCACCGAUACACACUUGGCAGCCAACACAUUUGUGUUCAUAUCGGGAGGAAGUGAGUCGACAUCGACAGCGCUCACGUUUGCACUUCUGGAAAUCGCAUGCAAUCCGCCAGUGCAACAGAGAAUGCAGGAGGAAAUUGACAGUGUUCUAAUGGACCAAGAGCUCAGUUUCUCUGCAGUCAACUCUAUGACUUAUUUGAACCAAGUUGUGUUAGAGGUUUUCCGUAAACAUCCGCCCAUCGCAUUGCUGAACCGACUGUGUGUUCAGGACUAUAAGAUCCCAGACACAGAUCACGUGAUCAGGAAAGGUGAUGAGAUAAUAUUGCCAGUGUCGAGUAUACACAAUGAUCCAGAAAACUUUCCUAAUCCGGAAGUAUUUGAUCCAGACCGAUUUUUGUAUCCUGACUCUAUCCGGAAAGGAACUUACCUUCCGUUCGGAAUGGGACCUCGGUUUUGUAUUGCUAUGCGCUUUGCUAUUCUUUCAGUGAAAGUGUUGCUUGUCAAGAUAUUUAUGGCAUACAGUAUCAAAAUAAGUCCAAAAACUAUAAUGCCUAUAAAAAUGAAGACAGAGUUUUUCACAAAAGGAAUCCAGGGAGGACUGUGGAUCGACUUUGAAGCAAGAAAUUGAACAAAUAAAGCAUUUUAUCAUUUAUAAAACUA